GGAAUGGCCAUCAUGUUUUGUUGCUUUUAUAUUUAUGGCGUUGAAUAUCCCAAGGCAGCAAAAAAUAGUCUCAUUUACUUUCAACAGUAUAUUGCUGCAUUGGGCAGAGAUUCGCAAACACCUGUAAAGGUUGAUCAAGAUGACCAGUCCUCGUAAACGUCUUUCUGGACAAGAGGUAUGACAGGAUAUGGAGACGAAGCAAAGAAGAAGCUCCUACAUCAAGCUGUUGAAGAAACAGGCUUGCAAGAGGUACAAGUUAAAGAAAUUAUAGAAAGAGGCAGGCAGGAGCGGUGUAUACUAGGAAGAAAGAGCUGAAAAAAAAAGCUCCAAGUGGAUACAAUAUGUUUGUCUCUGAAUACCUGUGCCAAGAACUGGCUAAAGGCACACCAAGACAAAUUGCCAUGUGUAAUGCCUCAAAGGAGUGGAAGAAAAUAAAACAUCAGGGCAAAGAUGAAACGUACGUAAAUAAAGCAAAAGAAAUAAUUCUUCGAAGUCCAGAAACUAUGACGGAAAGUCAAAAAAAUUUGGCAAUUACAAGAAUUGUAAAGGACAUAGAGGCAAAGAUUGAAGAAUUAGGAAAGUUAGGCGGUGAGGGCCUUGCUGUUAUAUUUGUUCCAGCCUCAGGGAAGUUAUUAAAGACCGGAACCACAGAAGCCAUUAAAUAUCUAGAGACGUCUGAUAUCGAUGUUAAGUUUUCAAAAUUUACAAGUGAUGAUCAUCCGACAUGUGUUAAAGACAAGAAGAAAUUAAAAAAAGAGGUACAACAGCUAUUUAAUGAAAGAUUUUUUUCAGCAACAGGUAGACCAUGUGUACCUUACCAAGAAAUACGACAAGGAAGGUGGGAAAUAUCUGGCCUUCCAGAUGGAGUAAUAUUCAAGAAGCCAUCCAGUUAUGGAAUUGCUACAUUGACUGCAAUCUUAGAAAAGCCAAAUAUAACAUUUACAGAAUGUACAAAUAGAGAGAAAAGUGAUGAUGAGAAUGAUGCUAAUAAUGUCAAUGCAAGAGAAGACAAGGAGAAUGAAGCUGACACUGAAAAUGAUGAGAGUGAUGGAGAAGAAAAUGAACCUGAAAUUCAAGAAUGUACAAAUAGAGAGAAAAGUGAUGAUGAGAAUGAUGCUAAUAAUGUCAAUGAAAGAGAAGACAAGGAGAAUGAAGCUGACACUGAAAAAGAUGAGAGUGAUGGAGAAGAAAAUGAACCUGAAAUUCAAGUGACGGAUUUAGAACAACUAUGCGAAAUUGUUGGAGUUGAUGAAACCGUUUCAGAUGUCUACACUGUAGAAGAGAUAAGGAAAAAGAGGCGAAGAAAAGGCAAAACAGAAUACCUUGUGAAGUGGGAGGGAUACGAAGAAUGUACCUGGGAGCCGUAUAACAAUAUUCCUUAUAGUUUGAGAAUGUCAAAGUUAAAAAAGAAAUUUAAAAAAAAAUGGUUUGCGAGGGAUUACAAAAAAAAAAUUCUUUUUUUUAAUUCGUUUUAAUUAGUUGGUAAUAUAUGCUGUGACAGUUUCCUUUUGCAGUAUUACAGUGUACAGUAUAAUAAGGCCUAAAAAAUUGUUAUGUUGCCCAAGCCAAAGACAAUUUCAAAAGAGGGUCGGUUGUUCGCACAUAUUAUAGCGAUUCCAUUUACGACUACGUAAGGUUUGCCUAGGGCUAGCCUAUUGUUAAUUUACUAAUAAAAUACUUAAAUAUGACAAAUUUUACAGUGAUAUUGAUCAUCUAUAAUUGUAUUCAAAAUUCAUUUUACCACAUCACUGAUUUCCAAUAAUAGGUACAAAAUUUCUAGAGCACGUAUCAGGGCAUACAAUGUUGAUUCUGACUUUAGCACAAAGGUAUUUUCCCUAUUCUUCGUCACUUUACACUAUGAUUCUAUUAGAGAACACAUGGUUUUAGAACUAUUUUAAAUGUCUGUUUUUGUAGUGUAUUUAAAUUAAAAAUCAUAUCCAUUUUUUAAAAAAAUUCAUAAAACAACUGAUAUUAUUAUUAUCCAACCAAUAAGGGAAUACCUUGCAAAUUUUGGCGUCAUGAAGGUUUUAAAGUUAGCGUAAAAACUCAUCUGUGUUGUUAAUAAAAACCUUGUAUUGAAAAAUUGAACUUAUGUUCUCAACACAUGAAA